AUGAACUGCUUGUAUCCAAGCGGAAGAGGAUUUAUAUUCCAUAUUCAGCAAUAUGAUCUGCAGUUAUAAAAUGUUAUAACAGGCAGUCAUAACUAAGUCUGUCAUGCUUCUGGAUAAAAAACUGUAAUUGUACUUAUGAUUGAGAAAACACGAUAAGAUGAAGCGAUACGGAGAUGCUAAAUAUGUUGCAUGUGUGCAGGAAAAGCUAACCGAAGCUAACUGUUAGCUGCUGAGUUAUUGCGAGGAAUGACAGCCAGCUACGAGGGGAAAGAUGAUUAAAAGAUGGAAAAGGUGCAAUACCAGUAUGAAAGGUACAUGGUGGCUUUGAGAAUGGUCACAGCUGGUUGAGGUUCACCCACUGACCCAGCAGGUAAUAUCCAGGUUGUAAUAAGGAGCCAUGAAAGAAGCGGGCCGGAAAGGUUCUGGAGGCGAGGCUCUGUUUGAGGACCUGAACUUCCCCUCUGACGACAAGGCCCUGUUCUCUGACAGCUCCACGCCCAUCACCACGCUGCAGGGAGAAGUCACCUGGCGACGUCCACAGGAGAUCUGCCAGUCACCAGCCCUCUUCCCUGACAACAUCACCCUUGGUCAUGCUAAACAAGGCUUAUUAGGCGACUGCUGGUUCCUCUGUGCCUGCUCCUUCUUGCUCAAAAACAGACAUCUCCUGAACAAGGUGCUGCCUCCAGAUCAGCCCCUGUGGGGUGACAUCAGGUACAGGGGCUCCUUCCGGUUUUGUUUUUGGCAACUGGGACAUUGGACAGAGGUGACAAUCGACGAUCGCUUACCCUGUGUAAACUCCACUCUCUGCUUCUCACGCUGCCACUCCCCUACUGCCUUUUGGGUAGCCCUGUUGGAGAAGGCCUAUGCCAAGCUUCAUGGCUCUUAUGAGCGACUGUGGGCAGGGCAGGUAUCUGAAGCCCUGGUGGAUUUGAGCGGGGGGCUGGCAGAGCGCUGGAGCCUGGGAGAGUCAGAGGAGGGGCUGAGGCCAGAACAGGACAGUGACCAGGUCAGGAGGAGGAAGCUGGACCUGAACCUCUUGUGUCCAGUGAAUGAGUGUGCCGUCAGCUGCUCCACUCACAGCAGCCCUGGAGGUGCCAGUGAGCUGGGUCAGUACCAUGCCCUGACUGUCAUGGAGUGGUUGGAUGUGAAGACGGUGUCAGGGAGCAAACAGCUGCUGCUCAGGAUCAGAAACCCCUGGGGAAGAUGCUGCUGGGGAGGAGCCUGGAUAGGGAGUGGUGCAGGUUGGAGUUCUAUCGACCUUGCCUUUGCUUCAGAUCUACAAGCCAGAGUGGCCGAGGGCGAGUUCUGGUUGGAUGAGACCGAAUUCCUGUCCCAUUUUGAUGAUGUCACAGUAGGCUACCCAAUCAGUGAAGACGGGCACCUUAAGAGCAUCUAUACUGGAAAUCUGCUGACACACUAUCACCAGCUGGCCGGCCGGUGGAUGGAAGGUCACUCCGCUGGUGGCAGCCGAAACUGCAGCAGCUACGGCAGCAAUCCCAAGUUUUGGCUCAAAGUGUGUGAGAGAGGAGAGGUUCUAGUGUCCCUGCUGCAGCACAGAAAAUGGAGGAACACAGAGAAUUGCACACAAACUCCAUUUGAGGAUAGCAAAAACACAACACACCAGCACUACCAGGCUAUCGCUCUACACAUGUGGAAGGUGGAGAAAAGGCGUUUCAAUCUUAGCCGGAUGUUGAACAAACCAACUUGUGCUUCUUCUCACUGCCAUGCCUACGAGAGAGAGGUGGUUCUCCAUCAGCAGCUGGAGCCUGGAUUCUACCUGCUGGUCCCCAGCACUUACCAGCCAGGAGCUGAGGCCCGCUUCCUCAUCAGGGGAUUUUCCUCCUCCCCCACAUCACUCAGUGCCCUGAAAAGCCCAGCACCUUCACUGCCGUCGACCACAGAUGGAGAGUGGGAGACCAGUUACUUCCAGGGUUCGUGGGUGGAGGGAAGGACGGCCGGAGGAAGCAGGAACUUCCUGUCUCACUGGCAGAACCCCUGCUUCCCCUUUACAGUGUGUGAUGAGUCAGCAGUGACAUCAGGAGUUAAUGUCAGGAUUACCCUGCACCAGAGCCGCCCUGACACUGACCUGCACCCUAUUGGCUUCCACAUUUAUAAGUUUUCAGAAGGGGAAUCCCAGCAGACAAUACCCAGGGACGAGGAUCCCGCGGCCAGUUGUGUCCCUCACUGCUUCACCCAGGACGUCAGCCUGGCCUGCUGUCUCUCUCCUGGAGCCUACACCAUCGUGCCCUCCACCUACCAGCCUGACUGCUCAGGAAGCUUCACCCUCAGCCUGGCCCGCAGAAUACACAGGAAAGUGGUGAAAAGCCAGGAGAGACUGGGAAGAGCCAUUCAAGAGAUCUCUCACAUCUCUGUGAUGCAGAGCUAGUUCUCUGGGACUGUUGCUGCUCCGCUGACGUCGACUCACCUCCCGGUGCCUCUUGGCCCAUGAUAAAAGACCCAGUUCUCCCAUCCACCCUCACCAUGGAGGAUGUGUGUGUUUGUGUGUGCAUGUGUACCACCAGUGGCUGAGAAGGCAGGCAGGCAAAUUUAGUGGGAAUGUGUGUGUCGGGAAUCCUGGAAACCCCUUUAUCCUAAACCGCUGAGGCUCAGGGCUGAUGGGCAGCCACACACUCAUCAGCGAUUAGGACAUCAGAGGUUGUCGGUGGGCUGGGCUGCUAAUGAAGUAUGACGGGACUGGCUGGUGUAAACAAACAGCCGCCAUUGAAGAGGGCCGCCGCUCCUCUUGCACAUUCACUCGCUGGUGCGCCUGCCGGUCCGGAACAAAGAGCCCUCUCAUGAAGGUCCUCACAGAGGCACAGGGGGCAAGGGGCGAGGGGAUGGUCUCCGACAGCAGAGCCAACCAAACCUGACCACACCAUACCGUGCCAUACCAUGCCAGAGCUUUCAUCCCAUCGCUGUCCUCCAGACACUAUGCACCUUACCUAGCUUGCAUUGUUUGGCCAUAGACACAGACACAGGGUUUCCUUAGUACCUCCUGCCCAACAUGAGUACCUUCCGGACUAACACCAAAGUCAGGCUUGACCUAAAGAAGUCCAUUUUGUUUCUGACUCCAUCCUCACCCCCCAGCUCACUUCCCCCCAGACUCGGUCCACAGCUCUGACCUGAACAGGGUUUGAAAUUGCCGCCAGAACAGAUGACAAGCGGACGGGUGGAAGGGAUGAAACGAAGGAUGCGGCACAUCAGAGGAGGCUGCCUUUUUUGUGUUGAGGCUGUGUAUGUGUGGUGCUGUGUGUCUGCCUGCUUGUAUUCAUGUCUGUGUGUUGAAGUCACAGGGUUUCUGGUUAUUAAUUUUAGCCAGUGUUACCCGAGACAUUUCAGAAAGCUAUAAUUAACUAAUUAGGAGUGACUGUAUUUAUUAUGUU